GUUUGUCGUCGCAUAUAUGUGCAAACCUCGAGUUUUCGAGACGGACCUUUUCUCUUACUGAGCAUCUUCUAGCAUUGUAUUUAUUGCAAUUUAUGUAUGGCAACACAGGUUACCAGUACUUCGGAAAAUCUCUCAUUUAUGUAAUUACAGUUUUGAAGGAAGGAGUGAGCAGUGAGCUGUUUUUGUUACAAAUUAGUAUUAAGUUUGUUUUUUUUCCCCUUAUAACAGAUUCGAUUCUAUACGGUGAAAUGUGGAAACUCUUUAGCACUUUUUAAUGAGUGACUUCUUUAAACUGUUAAGCACCAGCUAACAAUUCUAGAAAAAUAUUAAAAGUUCAUUUAAUCGUUAUCAUAAUUAAACAUAAUUGCCUAAAUUCAUAAUUAGCUAUAUAUAUGUACCCAGGCAAGAAAUUGUAUUUGUGUGAAAUAUGAUAAAUUAAUUUUUAAUUAAGUGUUCCAGGAAGUCAAGAAUUGUUUAUAUCACAGGUUGCAUAAGUCUCAUCUACAGUAUGUAUUGAUACUUUUAUGACAAUAAUCACAUGUGUGCUUUCAGAAAAUAUCAAAAAGAUGUGCGAAGAAUACAAGAACUACUUCAGGUAAAAUUUAUUUAAGCAACCAAUUACAUGUCCAUGCAGAACAUGAAUGCCUUAUGAAGAAUAUGUUCUAGGAUAUAUGUUACAAAUCAUUUGGAAAAAGCAGUAUUUUAAAAGAAGUCAUGCAUACCCAGAGAGGGAAACUACCUGUGUGUGAGGUUUACAAUUAAAGCAUAAUUUAACAAGCACAUUCUUAAUCACAUAGCAGAGGAACAUCAUGUGUGAAGUCUUUAGUAAAUCAUUUAAUUAUAGGGCUAUUUUAAACAAACAUAUGCUUAUUCACACAGGUGAUAAACCUCAUGUGUGUGGGGUAUGUAAGAAGUCAUUCAAUCGUAAGGGUAGGUUAAAUGAACACGUGCUUAUUCACACAGGAGAGAAAAAUUAUGUGUGUGAAGUAUGUAAGAAGUCAUUUAAUCGGAAAAGUAAUUUAUACAAGCAUGUGCUUAUUCAUGUAGGAGAGAGAUCACAUGUGUGUGAGGUAUGUAGCAAGUCAUUUUAUAUGAGAAGUGGUUUAAAGGAGCACAUGCUUGUUCACACAGUAGAGAAACCAUAUGUGUGUGAAUUUUGUAACAAAGCAUUUAAUCGAAAACGUAUUUUAAAGGAACAUGUACUUAUUCAUACAGGAGAGAAACCUCAUGUGUGUGAAGUAUGUCGCAAGUCAUUUAGAGUACUUAGAGCUUUAAGCAAGCAUAUGCUUGUUCAUACAGGAAAGAAACCUCAUGUAUGUGAGGUGUGUAACAAGGCAUUUAGCCAGAAGGAAAAUUUAAAUAUGCAUAUGCAUAUUCACACAGGAGAGAAACCUUAUGUGUGUAAAGUAUGUAAUAAGUCAUUUAAUCAAAAGAGUAGUUUAAAUAAACAUAUGCUUAGUCAUACAAAAGAAAAACCACAUGUGUGUGAGGUAUGUAACAAAUCAUUUACUCGAAAGGAGUACAUAAGUACGCAUAUGCGUAUUCACACAGGAGAGAAACCUCAUAAGUGUAAAGUAUGUAAUAAGUCAUUUAAUCAAAGAAGUAAUCUAAAUACACAUAUACUUCUUCACACAGGAGAAACAUCUGAUCUGUUAUAAAAGUCAUUACUUACUCUUAUUACAGUAGAGAAAAUUUCCACGUAAAAUUUCAUUUUUAAUGUUAAUUCAAGUGACAAUAUGUGUAUCCACAUUUGAGGGAAAUCUUGUGAAUUAUGUACAUAACAAUUCAUUCUGACAGAGAAUUUGAAGAAAUAUAUGUUUAUCUUCACAGAGUAAAAGCCUCUUGUCUUUUCAAGAAAUGUUAGAUUAGUUAGAACCUUUACUUACUAAUGUAUUAUGUUCUGUGGCAACAAAGAAAUCUCGUUACUUAAGGUAUGUAAUUUUUCGAACCAUUGAUAUGUUUUCCUGCCAGCGUGAAUUUUAAGUAAGGGUUGGUUGUUAUCAGUAUUCUAACUUCACAAGACUCAAGAACAAUGUCCAGCAUUUCCAUAUCUUUCUUUAACAGGCUUGAGAAUUGUAAGAAAGAAUUUCCUUGAAAAACUGUGAAAUGCACAACUUUGCUUUUGAACUUUUUCUUUUUAGUUAAAUUGAUUUUCGAAGGACAUAGUUCCUACAAAAAAUAAUUUAUUUUUAUAAAUGGAAUAUUGGCUGAGUGUACAGAUCACUAUUUUCAACUUUCAGGAUGCUGUGAAAAUUGGUACGUUCUUAAGUAAACAUGAAUUUUGUUUAUAUUUUAUUUUUAUAUUGCUUAAAAGUUUCAUAAAUCUAAAACUACUAAUGUUAUCCCAAGUAUCUGAAACCUCCCCACAAGGACUUUCAAAUGUACUUUGCUUUUAGCUGUUAUAUUUAAUACAUAUAUACUUGAUUUUGAUUUUUUACAUAUAUAAAAUUAAUAGGUUUUGUAUAAGUAUAUGUGUAUGUAUAUAUAUCAUUAAAAUUAUUAGAUUUGUGAGGUGAUAUUGAUAUGACUUUCCAACAGUUUAUGCCAUUUUCCUUAAUUUUUUUUUUUUAACAAAGUUAUUUCAUUCCAUUUAAUCUAGAGGCAAGUGAAGUUUACAAGUAUUUAUACAUUUAAUUUGCUUUAUUUUUACAGCACAGGAUUAUUAGGCAUCUGAAUUUAGUUAUUAUGUUUAACAUCUUUCUUAUUGUACAGGAAACAAAAUAUGUACCGAAGAUAAAAUACUAAAAGUACCAUGUGAUAGAUGACAACAAAUUCGUAAUAGCAAUUUAUAUUAUUCUUCUUAUUUAGGUAAAUAUUAGUAGCAAUUCUUAAUUGAUGUAAUAGUUUUUCCCUUAUUUCAAAUUUACGAUAUUUUGUUAAACAUUUUCCUCUGAUUUUAAAAUUACUGUAUAUUAAAUCUAAGAAUUAGAUUUUUUUAAUUUAUUGAAUCCAAUAGUUCAGUUUGUUAAUCAGAUAAAAAUUUUCACUAGUAAUCAUUGUAAUUUGUGUUUCAUUUAUUAAUUUGCUAUUUACUUUUACUUCUCAUUGAUUGGAUUGUAAUUUUUAAAUUAGAAAAUGUUUAUAGUAGGCUAUUAAGUUUUUUUGCUUUUGUACUUUUAUGUUACAUUACAGUUCAUGAAUCACCCAUACAAAUGCCAAGUACUGCCAUUAUGCAGAAUAUAACUUCUAUAACUUUUUAUUUCCCAUGUGUCUUUAAUGGAUUAUUUCCAGUGUAAUAUAAAUUACUGCUCCGAAACCGAACAAUCUGAAAGUAAAUGCACAUUUUUAUUUUAAAUAUUUAUUUCACUUUUCAUUUAUUUCUUAAGCUGAUAGAAUUUAAAACACACAUAAUUUAUAGUCUAUCCAGUUGUAGAAACUGGAAAGAAAAUUUGCAGCAUUAACGUAAUUAAUAAAAAAAAGUUUCUAACUCCAUAUAUUAUGUAUUUUGGAGUGUUAAGGUUUCAUUUUUUUAUUGCAUAAAUUUUUGCAUUUUAGAACUUAUAUAUUGAUAUA